AUGAGGGAAAUUCUCCACAUCCAGGGUGGCCAGUGCGGCAACCAGAUCGGUGCGAAGUUCUGGGAGGUCAUCUGUGAGGAGCACGGCAUUGACCCUUUGGGUAACUACAAGGGAGACUCCGCGCUGCAGUUGGAGCGCGUCAAUGUGUACUACAACGAGGCUAGCGGUGGACGCUAUGUUCCUCGCGCCAUCCUCAUGGAUUUGGAGCCUGGUGUGAUGGACAGUGUCCGCUCUGGACCUUACGGCAAGGUUUUCCGUCCUGACAACUUCGUUUUCGGACAAUCCGGUGCUGGCAACAAUUGGGCUAAGGGCCACUACACUGAGGGUGCAGAGUUGAUCGAUUCGGUCCUCGAUGUCGUCCGCAAGGAAGCCGAGAACUGCGAUUGCCUACAAGGCUUCCAAGUGUGCCACUCCCUCGGUGGUGGCACGGGAUCUGGAAUGGGAACCCUCCUCAUUUCUAAGAUCCGUGAAGAGUAUCCCGACCGCAUGAUGCUGACCUUCUCGGUGUUCCCUUCGCCGAAGGUGUCAGACACUGUCGUGGAGCCUUACAACGCCACUCUCUCCGUGCACCAGCUCGUCGAGAAUGCGGACGAGUGCAUGGUCCUGGACAACGAGGCGCUCUAUGACAUUUGCUUCCGCACUCUUAAGCUCGCCAACCCCAGCUUCGGUGACCUCAACCAUUUGAUUUCGGCUACUAUGAGUGGCGUCACCUGCUGCCUGCGCUUCCCUGGCCAGCUGAACUCCGACCUGCGGAAGCUCGCGGUCAACCUCAUUCCCUUCCCUCGCCUGCACUUCUUCAUGGUCGGCUUCGCUCCCCUCACGUCCCGCGGCUCUCAGCAGUACCGGGCUCUGACCGUCCCUGAGCUGACCCAGCAGAUGUGGGAUGCGAAGAACAUGAUGUGCGCCGCUGAUCCCAGACACGGCCGCUACCUGACCGCGUCCGCCAUGUUCCGCGGGAAGAUGAGCACCAAGGAGGUUGACGAGCAGAUGCUGAAUGUGCAGAACAAAAACUCGUCGUACUUCGUUGAAUGGAUUCCCAACAACGUGAAGUCCUCCGUCUGCGACAUUCCUCCCCGCGGUCUGAAGAUGGCGUCCACCUUCGUCGGCAACAGCACGAGUAUCCAGGAGAUGUUCAAGCGUGUGAGCGAGCAGUUCACUGCUAUGUUCCGGCGCAAGGCUUUCUUGCAUUGGUACACGGGCGAGGGCAUGGACGAGAUGGAGUUCACUGAGGCGGAGAGCAACAUGAACGACCUGGUGAGCGAGUACCAGCAGUACCAGGAGGCCUGCGCUGAAGACGACCAGGAGUACCUUGGCGAGGACGCGGAGCCAGCGAUGUAA